AGGUGCUAGAUUUGGAUUUCCGUUCUCUCAAGGUUAUAAAGAAGUUCGGGAUGUCGACAUUUAACGCUGGGCCAGCAAAUACAGGAGCUGCACCGUAUGUAGAAAUUAUUUAUAUAUUUCAAAUAAGUGUGGAGCUCACCGCAGGAAAGAUCCGUGAAAUGAUGGCUAAUGCUCAGAGAGCAAUAGCUCAACGGAAGUUUGAGCUUGGCUUGACGGAGAAUGGUGCCGCUAAUGGAUUAAAUUUUCCUCCAGGAGUCAUUCCUGAUACAGAGACAGUUGAUAAAAUGAGGCGAGCUGCUCAGCUACAAGCGCAAAUAAACGCUCGCUUGAACUCAGGAAUUCUGAGUAGCCAUUCUGUGAACAGUGAUUCCAGAAAGUCGAAGGAUAUUCCCAAUGUGAUCUUCGACGAGGAAGGUAAAACUAUCGAUGCUUCUACUGGUGAGGAAAUACAGCUUACUCACUACACACCAACACUUAAAGCCAAUCUCAGAGCUAAGCGUGCUCAACAGUUCAAAGAGGUUCUUCAAACCACAACUCAGAAGAAACCUCAAAAGUCUUCAGUCUCAACCAUAUUUUUUGAUCCUCGGCUAAGAGUUAAAGCUGCUUCACGUCCAAAACGACAGCUGAGUUUCCAUGAACCUGGAAAGUUCGUCAAAAUGGCUCAGCGCAUGCGAACCAAGUUCCAACUUCAAAUCUUACAGGAAUCCGUCGCCCAGGCUGUCAGGAAAACGGGUAUUGCUAGUGCAGCCAAACUGUCGACCAUCCAGCCCAAACGUUCCAUUGAUGAGACAGAUAUACCAUUGCUGGAAUGGUGGGAUGCUUAUAUUCUGAAGGAGGGUGUAACUAGUUACUCUACUUUAGAUGAACUAGCAAUCCAUGGCCUCCCUGUCUCUGCUGCGGUUAAUAAAGCCUGGAUCACAUGUUUGGUGGAACAUCCAGUCAAGUUGAAACCCCCAACUGAUCUGUCCAAGCCACCGGAAAUACCAUUGCUCCUAACGAAAAAGGAGCGUAAAAAGCUUAGACGUCAAAACCGUCAGGAAGCUCAGAGAGAAAAACAAGAAAAAGUUAGACUUGGUCUAAUGCCACCUCCUGAACCAAAGGUUAGUUUAAAGUCAUGUGUUUAUUCAAUAACCAGAGGUAAUAUAUCUUCCGCUCAGCGCCUUUAGUUGGGCUUAAAAAAUUAAACUUUGCUAACAAGAAGACAAUACGCGCUGUCAAAUGCCUUCUGAGUCAUUUUUAUAUGUGAUUCAACUUAAGCAGUAAUUGGAAUUAAAAGUCCGUCUGGCAAAUUUGAUGAGAGUCCUAGGAUCAGAUGCUGUUCAGGACCCAAGCAAAGUGGAAGCGUAUGUGCGAGCCCAAAUGGAAUCCCGGAAACGAGCACAUGAAGCUGCUAACGCUGCCCGAAAAUUAACAAAAGAGCAAGCUCGUUACAAACGUAUUAAGAAAAUACGAGAAGACACAAGUCAUGCUGUUCAUGUAGCUGUUUACAGGCAAUUCAUUUAUUUUUGUUUGAAUUAGUACUAUUUACUUCCAGAUUUAGUUUUUGAGACACCACAUCGUUAUGUAAAACAAUAACAGCAGCUGUAUGAAUGCUAUGGUUAUUGCCCUGAAUUUAUGAUCACAAAGCAGAGAUGUUUCUGAAUUUAUUAUAGCCUCUAUUUAUCACAGGAGAUAUUGAGUAUACUGGCUAUACAAUAACAACAGUAACCAUUGGAUGUUACUCGUUGAAAUUAAAACAGGGACUGUAAUAGAUAUAUUCGAAUACAGUUCCACCAGUAGUAGAAAGCUUUAGCAUGAGAAAAAUAGUGUGAAUGAUGAGCUUAUGCUGAUAAACCUCAAAAAAACACCUGGAAUACCCGUAUGUUGCACUGUCAGAUCUAAUAUCAUUAUUUUAUUAGUUACCACAAACUGGAAUUGAUGAAAUUCGUCAGCAAAUUAAACUAUAAAAAUGGUUUUGAUCACUGUAACCGUUUAAAUAUGGUACAGGAUUAUUGUGUAUCUUUUUUAAAUUUAUAUAUCUUCCGGUAUUUCUAGUUAACAUGCCUUAUAUUGGUACUACCUGUCUUCUUUAGAGUGAAGGAUUUUUCAAAUCCAUCUCAUCGAUUCAAGGUAGAGACAAAUGCCAACCAGCUACUCAUGACAGGGUUAGUCGCGCUACACAGUGAUUGCAAUGUAGUUGUUGUGGAAGGGGGACCCAAACAACAACGAAAAUUUCAACGUCUCAUGCUUUGUCGAAUAAAAUGGCACGAAGGUAAACGUGGAACAGUUGGUAAUGGGUCGGGCUCUUUCGCUCACGAAGAUCGUGCUGCCACAUCUGAACUAGACAAUUACUCAGGAUGUCGUUUAAUUUGGAAAGGUACAGUCAAACAACGUGCAUUCGAUAAAAUUCAAUUCAAAGCAUGUCCCACAGAACUUUACGCACGCGAACAAUUUCGUAAACGUGACGUGGAACACUACUGGGAUCUUGCAUACAGUGGAGCUAUAUUAGAAACUCUUGAUAGCUAACAUGUUUCACAAAUGUUCUUUUUGAACAUUGAUUCUGUCGAAGAUAUUUUGUUUAUAAAGUGGUACUUUUGGUGUAAAUACAAAUGUACAUCUUUUCUAAUGUUUUAUUUAAUCAGUGUUAUGCAAUAAUGUGUUGUACAAAAGAUUUCAUUUUCUUUGGUAGAUACCGAAAUGCUUCUGAAAAGAGUAAGAUGUUUCAUGUUGCGUUUGAACACUGAAUAUUUCUGUUUUAUAUUAGUUGUUUUGUAAACACCUGCUGAUGGUGACAAACUGUUUGUUUUGUUAUAAUUAUGUUUUUUGUCGUUUUGAGUUCCAAAUUAUUCUUUUUCUUUUGUCUGUGCAUACGAACGUUUUUCAAUUCGUUAUCUAAUUCUGUUUCCUCUGCAUAUUGUGGACAAUGUAAUAUUGAAGUUUAUCAUCUUGGGCUAUCUUACUAACUGCGAGCUGUAGAUAUUCUGUGAACAAAACUCCGCAACCCCGCAUCAUUUUAUUAAGUUGGGAAGUGUAUUUUAUAAAGUACUUUCGAAAUAAUAAUUAGGAUUCUCUGGGUUAUUAGUCAUUCUAGAAAUCUAUUUGAAAUAUUUAUUUAUGAGAAUAUAUUAAUAUUGGUUUCUUA